UGACAUUCUCACCUCCAGGUCCAGGUGAAGCUCAGCAUCCAGUGUUGCCUAAUAUCACAGUUAAACCUGUGGAUCUGAGGAUUUUCAUAAGUCCCCAGGCAACUAAGGAGCUUAAACAUCUUCCAGUGCAGCAGGAUGUCCCUGCUCAAUCUCCUAUUCCCCCUGAGAAAGUUGAAUUUUCUCCAGCUCAGUCCAAGCGUCUUUCCCAGUCUCCAGAGUUCCCCUGAAGAUGAGUCUUCUCCAGGCCAACAAGAGGUCCUAGCUCAGACUCCAGACCCCCCUAAGGCUGUGGAACCUGCUUCAGGACAACAGGAGGCCCCAGCUCAGUCUGUAGUCCCCCAGCUGGCCCCAGCUGUAUCUCCUGAGCCCCCUAAGGAGGUAGAACCUUCUCCCACACUGCAGGAGGCCCCAGCUCAGCCUUCAGAGCCCCCUAAUGAGGCAGAGUCUCCAACCCAGCAGGUGGCCCCAGCUCAGUUUCCAGUCCUCCAGGAGUCCCCAGCUAUAUCCCCUGAGCCCCCUAAGGAGGUGGAACCUUCUCCCACACCUCAGGAGGCCCCAGCUCAGCCUUCAGAGCCCGGUAAUGAGGCAGAAUCUUUUCCAACUCAGCAGGAAGCCCCAGUUGUAUCCCCUGAGCCCCCUAAGGAGGUAGAACCUUCCACACAGCAGGAGGCCCCACCUCAGCCUCCAGAGCCUCCUGAGAAGGUGGAACCAUCUCCAGUCCAGCAGGAAACCCUAUCUCUACCUCUCGAGCCACUUAAGGAGAUAGAACCUUCUCUAACACAACACGAGGUACAAGCUCAGCCUUCAGAGGCCCCUGAGAAGGUAGAACCAUAUCCAAUUCUGCAGCAGGCUCCAACUCAACCUCCGGAGCCCUCUAAGGAGGCAGAAACUCCUCCAGCCCAGCAGGAGGCCCCAGUUCAGCCUCCAGAGCCACCUGAGGAGGUUGUAGCACAACCUCCAGUCCAUAAUGAGGUGACAGUUCCACCUCUAGGACAAGAGCAAGCUCAGCAUCCAAACUUGCCCAAUGUUACUGUUCAGCCUGCUGACCUGGAGCUUACUGUAACUCCAGAACCUACUGUGGAGACUGAGCAUUCUACAAUCAUGCAGCAGACUAUAGCUCCUCCAGAGGACACUGAGGUGACACCUCCACAUCCAGAGCAGGUCCAGGCUCAGCAUCCAAAUUUGACUGAAGUCAGAGUUCAGCCUUUAGACCUGGAACUGACCAUAACUCCAGAACCCACUACAGAGGUUGAAACUUCAACCACGCAAGAGAUCCCAGGUCACCCUUCAGAGCCACCUAAGGAGGUUGUGGUUCAGCCUCCACUGUUUCAGGAGGUGACAGUUCCAACUCCAGGUCUGGAUCAAGCUCGUCAUCCAUUGUCACCUAAUGUAACAGUUCAGCCUUGGGACCUAGAGCUUACCAUAACUCCAGAACCCACUAUGGAGGUUAAAGCUUCUACAGCCCUGAAGAAAACUACAGCUCCUCCAAAGGACCUUGAGGUAACAUUUGCACAUCUAGAGCAGGUUCAGGUUCAGCAUUCAACCUUGAAUAAGGCCAAAAGUCCACAGACCCCAGAUCAGCCUCCAGAGCCGCCUAAGGAACUUGUAGCUCAACCUCCAGUAUAUCAAGAGGCAGCAGUUCCAACACCAGAUCGGGAUCAAGCUCAGCGUCUGUGGUUGCCGAAUGUAACAGUUCAGCCUUUGGACUUGGUGCUUGCUGUAACUACAGAACCCACUACGGAUGUUAAACAUCCCUCAGCCCUGCAGCAGACUACCGCUCCUCCAGAGGACCUUGAGGUGACAUUUCCACAUUCAGAGCACAUUCAGCAUCCAACCUUAACUAAAGUCACAGUUAAACCUUUGGACCCAGGGCUUCCCAUAACUCCAGAAUCCACUACAGAGACUGAACCUUCUCUAACCAUGCAAGAGACCCCAACCCAGCCUCCAGAGCCACCUAAGGAGGUUGUUCAGUAUCCAUCCCAACAGGAAGUGAUAGUUCCCACUCCAAGUAAGGAUCAAGGUCAGCAACCAACAUUGCCCAGUGUCACAGCUCAUCAUGUGGACUUGGGGCUUACCAUAACUCCAGAACCUACUACAGAGGCUGAACAUUCUACACCCAUGAAGGAGACUACAGCUCCUCCUCCAAAGGACCUUGAGGUGACACUAGCACAUCCAGAGCAGGUUCAGAGUCAGCAUCCAAACCUGACUGAAGUCACAGUUCCACCUAUGGACCUGGAACUUACUGUAACUGCAGGAUCCAGUGUGGAGACUGAACCUUCUCCAACCAUGCGAGACACCCCAACUCAGCCUCCAGAGCCACCUAAGGAGGUUGUAGUUCAAUAUCCAUUCCAGCAGGAAGUGACAGUUCCAACUCCAAGUAAGGAUCAAGGUCAGCAUCCAGCAUCACCCAUCAUCCCAUUUCGUCAUGUGGAGCUUACUAUAACUCCAGAACCUAUUACGGAGGCUGAACAUUCGACAACCCUGAAGAAGACUACAACUCCUCCCCCAAAGGACCUUGAGGUGACACUUGCACAUCCAGAACAGGUUCAGAGUCAACAUCGAAACCUGACUGAAGUCACGGUUCCACCUAUGGACCUAGAAAUUCCUGUAAGUCAGCAACCAGCGUCAUUUGAGACAGGUUUUCCUCCAACAACUCAACAUUCUCUGGUGCAUUUUGUAAACUAUACCUCCGAAAAGGCAUACACCACUUUAACUUGGCAACCAGAACAGAAUGCCACCACAAACCUCAAACUAUGUGAGCGUUGUACCUGCAAAGAUGAGACACUGUCGUGUGUUGGUCUCAGCCUACAGCAGAGGCUCCGCAGAGUGCCCGUGCCGGAGCCCGACACCUACAACGGCACCUUCACCAUCUUAAAUUUCCAAGGAAACUCUAUUUCUUACAUUGAUGAAAAUGUAUGGAAGGGAUACCGUUGGGCUGAGAAACUAAUUCUCAGUGAAAAUUAUCUGACCGAAUUACGUAAAGACACAUUUGAAGGCCUGCUAUCCCUCCAGUAUUUAGAUUUAUCCUGCAAUAAAAUACAAUAUAUUGAAAGACGUACAUUUGAAUCACUACCUUUUUUGCAGUAUAUAAAUCUUGGUUGCAAUUUACUCACCGAACUGAGCUUUGGAACAUUUCAGGCCUGGCAUGGAAUGCAGUUUUUACACAAGCUAAUUAUCAGUCGUAACCCUCUGUCAGCUGUUGAAGAUUCCUAUCUUUUUAAGUUGCCAGCAUUAAAAUAUUUAGACAUGGGAUCAACACAGGUGUCACUUACAACAGUUGAGAGCAUCCUCAUGAUGACCCUUGAAUUGGAAACACUGAUAUUACCUAGCCGUAUGGCCUGCUGUCUCUGCCAAUUUAAAAAUACUAUUGAGGUUGUCUGUAAGACAGUCAAGCUACAUUGUGACAGUGCAUGUCUGACAAAUGGCACACGUUGUGAUCAGGAAGUAUACCUAAGGAAUGCAGAAGGAUCAUUCAUGAAGGUAUUGAAAGCUCGAAAGAAGAGCGCCAGCACGGAGCUGACUAUUGAGCCAGAGAAGGCAUCCUCAGACAUAGAUCGUCUCCGUUUGUCAGCCUUUAUGAAUGAGCGGCUAGACUUCAAUAACGAAAGUGAUGUCAUUAGUGCACUGAAUUACAUAUCGCCUUAUUUCUCGGAGGGCAAUCUAGAAGACGUAGAAUCGACGCUGUUACCGUUCAUUAAAUUUCUGUUUUCAAAUGUGCAAGAGGGAGACAAGCCCGUGGGUCACUCGAUGAACGACACAGGGGACCCUUCUCUUAAACCUGGAUCCAAGAAUUCAACUUACAAGAAUAAACUGAGAAAACUCUACUUUCUGGAAAAUUUGUUAGAUGCAGAAAUUCAGGAAAAAAUUGAUGAGGUGAAAAAGAAAGAAAAAACGGCCAUGCUUAUACAUUCCAGCCUUUUAGGUCCCAAGUUUAAACGUCAAAUCUUUCCAAAGAAAUUGGAAACUGCCCAACCGCAGGAGAAGAGCCUAGACGAAGUUGAGAGUGUGGGGAAAAAGUUCCUGAGAGUGAACAAGGUCAUCAAGGGCCCAAAGGGCAUACGGAAAAGGCACUUAAAAGAACUGAGACGUCAGAACAUCCAGAGGACACAGAACGCCCAGCCGUCUGUGGAGAACAUGGCCAAGGAAAGAAGGCUCAGGAGACCAUCCCCAGGGGAGCUUCACGUGGCGCACAGGCCCAGCAAAUUAGUGGGAAGCUCCUUCGAGACAGAGCCUUCGUUCGUAGAUGAGCACAAGGCAGCGGUCUCUUCUUUCAUGAAGCAAUACGUUUUGGACAGGCCUUCUGCCACCCCCGCUCCAAAAUCCCCACCUGACGUGAAAAAAAAAUCAAAAGACUUAACAUACAGCAUUUUUCUUAUAGAAGAUGCAAAUGCUAGAGUUAGAAAUAUGAAGGCUUUCGGACCAGCCUCACACCCCAGAAAAACACACCGCUUCCAUAAAAGUCCCUCCCCUGUGGUCCACAGAACACCCAAGGCCAAACUGAAUCGAAAGUCCAGAAAGGAAAGUUCACUCAGUAAUAGACAGCUGCUUGCAAAGAGGCCUCCAUCCUCUGCAGUCAGGAGCCUCGUAAAUUCCCCUUCACGAGAGGAUUUUUCAUCUCCGGGAGAACUGAGUCCUCAGAAAAAUCCUUUUCCAGAAUUAUUUGCUCCUUCAGGAACUUACAGAGAAAACACUACUGCAGAGAACACUACUGCCCAAAAUGUUUCUGACGAAAAUAUUUCUACAGGAAACACUACUGUGCCAGAACAAACCCUCCCUGAAUUCACAAACCGUAAGAAUCUUUCCACUGCUAAUUCUACUGUUACUGCAGACAACUCUACGCCGACCGUUAAACAAACCAAUGAUACACAAUGGGAAUACCACAAUGCGGGCACUGGCUUGCCCCCAAAAGCCACAGGCUUCACUGUGUCAAAGCUCUCGUCCUCAGGUGAUCUGUUUGAAAUUCAGUUAAACCAGCAGCUACAGUCCCUCAUCCCCAACAAUGACGCGAGAAGCCUCAUUUCUCAUGUUAUCCGGACUUUGAAAAUGGACUGCUCUGAGACCCACGUGCAGCUGGCCUGUGCCAAGCUCAUCUCCAGAACAGGCCUCCUGAUGAAGCUUCUCAGCGAGCAGCGAGAAGUAAAGGUGUCCAAGGCAGAGUGGGAUACGGACCAAUGGGAAAAUGCGAAUUAUAUCAAUGAGAGCACAGAAGUCCAGAGUGAACAGAGAGGGCAGGAGUCAAGGGAGCUCACAAAUGAAGUUCCAGGCUAUGGCUAUAGCAACAAACUAAUCUUGGUACUAUCUGUGACUGUAGUAGUGACGGUUUUGAUCCUAGUUUUCUGUCUCAUUGAGAUUCAUUCUCACAAAAGAGCAGCUAAGGAAGGUAAAGAAGGAAGCUCAAGGGGCUUCUUUGGAUCUCUGCCGCGUAAGAGACGCUCAAAGGAAAGUGACAAUCAGGAGGGCUUUUUCUGGAGAAGGCGGCCACUUUGGCUUAGGGACAUGUACAGACCUCUCAAUGCCACACGCAAGAAAAACAUGGCACAGAAGCUAUAUGACGAUUCUUCAGACGAAGAUGAGACUUUCCACAUGGAACUAGGGGAGGCUGGCAAAGCCACAGUAGAGAAGGCCACAGAUUCCACUACUGAAGAGCUGGGGGACGAGAGGCUGUGCCUGGCUUUUGUGGAGAGCAACUUCAACCUGUCAAAGGUAAAUGAAAAUGCAGACGGCAGCUUCGACUAUGGCAUCUUCCAGAUCAACAGCCACUACUGGUGCAAUGAUUACAAGAGUCACUCGGAAAACAUUUGCCACGAGGACUGCAAAGGUCUGGCCGGGGUCUCAGGGUGGGAGAGAACUGCUGAGCCCCGAUCUUCUCUCAACCAUCAACUGUGUGAAAAAGAUGGUGUCUGGAGCAGGGGGAAUGAAGAACUGCAUUCUCUGUUCGCAGUAUUCUCCCAGUUUGGCCUUCUGUAUUCGGUCCGAGUCUUCCCGAACGCUGCAGUGGCCCGUCCUGGUUUCUACGCCAUCAUCAAGUUUUACUCAGCAAGGGAUGCUCACAGAGCCCGAAAGGCAUGCGACCAGAAGCAGCUUUUUCAGAAUUCUCCAGUGAAGGUUCGUCUUGGCACCAAACAUAAGGCGGUUCAACAUCAGGCCCUUGCCCUAAAUAGCUCCCAGUGCCAAGAACUGGCAAAUUAUUACUUUGGUUUCAAUGGAUGGUCAAAAAGGAUCAUCAAGCUUCAGGAUCUUUCUGACCUUGAAGAAAGGGCAAAUGAAGAUACUGUGCCACCACUUCAGAAGCAGAGCCUGAAAUUCUUCUGUGCUUUAGAGGUGGUGUUGCCAUCCUAUGAGUGCCGGAGUCCCGGAGCUGGCAUGGCCGAGGAGCCUUUGGAUAACCUGGAGGAAGGGCCAUUAUCAUUUCUUAUGAAAAGGCGGACAAUCCAGAAGCUUGCUAUUCAGAAGGCUGUGUCAGAUGCAUUCCAGAAACUGUUGAUUGUGAUUUUAGAAAGUGGUAAAAUAGCUGUGGAAUACAGACCCUGUGAAGAGAUCACAGAUGCCAGUACUGAAGACGAGCUACAGGAUUUAAUUCAACAUUCUCUGUUCGCAGUAUUCUCCCAGUUUGGCCUUCUGUAUUCGGUCCGAGUCUUCCCGAACGCUGCAGUGGCCCGUCCUGGUUUCUACGCCAUCAUCAAGUUUUACUCAGCAAGGGAUGCUCACAGAGCCCGAAAGGCAUGCGACCAGAAGCAGCUUUUUCAGAAUUCUCCAGUGAAGGUUCGUCUUGGCACCAAACAUAAGGCGGUUCAACAUCAGGCCCUUGCCCUAAACAGCUCCCAGUGCCAAGAACUGGCAAAUUAUUACUUUGGUUUCAAUGGAUGGUCAAAAAGGAUCAUCAAGCUUCAGGAUCUUUCUGACCUUGAAGAAAGGGCAAAUGAAGAUACUGUGCCACCACUUCAGAAGCAGAGCCUGAAAUUCUUCUGUGCUUUAGAGGUGGUGUUGCCAUCCUAUGAGUGCCGGAGUCCCGGAGCUGGCAUGGCCGAGGAGCCUUUGGAUAACCUGGAGGAAGGGCCAUUAUCAUUUCUUAUGAAAAGGCGGACAAUCCAGAAGCUUGCUAUUCAGAAGGCUGUGUCAGAUGCAUUCCAGAAACUGUUGAUUGUGAUUUUAGAAAGUGGUAAAAUAGCUGUGGAAUACAGACCCUGUGAAGAGAUCACAGAUGCCAGUACUGAAGACGAGCUAAAGGAUUUAAUUCAACAUUCUCUGUUGGCAGUAUUCUCCCAGUUUGGCCUUCUGUAUUCGGUCCGAGUCUUCCCGAACGCUGCAGUGGCCCGUCCUGGUUUCUACGCCAUCAUCAAGUUUUACUCAGCAAGGGAUGCUCACAGAGCCCGAAAGGCAUGCGACCAGAAGCAGCUUUUUCAGAAUUCUCCAGUGAAGGUUCGUCUUGGCACCAAACAUAAGGCGGUUCAACAUCAGGCCCUUGCCCUAAAUAGCUCCCAGUGCCAAGAACUGGCAAAUUAUUACUUUGGUUUCAAUGGAUGGUCAAAAAGGAUCAUCAAGCUUCAGGAUCUUUCUGACCUUGAAGAAAGGGCAAAUGAAGAUACUGUGCCACCACUUCAGAAGCAGAGCCUGAAAUUCUUCUGUGCUUUAGAGGUGGUGUUGCCAUCCUAUGAGUGCCGGAGUCCCGGAGCUGGCAUGGCCGAGGAGCCUUUGGAUACCCUGGAGGAAGGGCCAUUAUCAUUUCUUAUGAAAAGGCGGACAAUCCAGAAGCUUGCUAUUCAGAAGGCUGUGUCAGAUGCAUUCCAGAAACUGUUGAUUGUGAUUUUAGCCCAGAUGUUGACCCCGCCUAAGGAGUUGAUGGAGACUUUGGUUCCAUUCCUGGACACGGAUUCCGUCGGAGAACUACCCCCAGGGCCAGAUGAGGAUCUGAAUGACCAGCUAACCCAGCAUCAAAGGCUCCCAGAGGUGGUUCCAAUGCCAGGUUGGGAUUAUUUAAUGUUUCCCAAGGUUACAGGUAAGCCUUUAGAUGUGGAACUUACCACAACUCCAGGGCCUGAUAAAGGUGUUGAGUCUUCUAUAGCCCAGCAAGAGGCCCCACCUCAGCCUCUUGAACAUACUGAGGAAGCAGAACUGUCUCUAACCCAGCAAGAGACCUCGGGUAAGCCUCCAGAGGAGGUUGAGCCUUCAAGUGAGCAGGAGACCCCAGGUCAGCCUUCCGAGCCUCCUGGGGUGAUUGAUCCUUCUCUAAGGCAGCAGGAGACCCCAGCUCAGCCUUCAGUGCCUCCUGAGGAAGCUAAGCCUUCUCUAAGCAAACAGGAACCCCCAGCUCAGCUUCCAGAGGCCCAGGAAGAGGGUGAACCUUCCCCUCUCCAGGAGGAGGGCCAGGGUCAGCACCCACAGGCCUCUGAGGGGAGUGAACCACCUACAACCCAGGAGGAGUCCCCAGCUCAGCAUCCACAGACCCCUGAGGAGGUUGAACCUUCUUCAACCCAGCAGGAGGCUCCAGCUCAGUAUCCUCAGGCAUCAGAGGAGGGUGAGCCUUUUCCAACCCAACCAGAGACCCCAACUCAGUAUCCAGAGCCCCUUGAGGGGACUGAACCUUCUCCAGCCCAGUCAGAGGCCACAACGCAGCAUCCAAAUCCCCUUGGGGAAGUGAAACCUGCAACCUAUCAGGAGGCCCCAAGUCAGCAUCCACAGACCUCUGAGGAAAUUCACCGUUCUGCCACUCAACAGGAAGCCACAGCUCAACAUCCAGAGCCUUCUGGUGAACCUUCUCCAACCCAACAGGAGGCCCCAGCUCACUCUCCAGAACAUCAGGUGGUAACAGUUUUUCCUCAAGGUCAGAAUCAAGCUCAGCUCCUGCUGUUGCCGAAUGUCACUGUUAAACCUGUGGAUCCUUCAGUUACCAUGACCUCAGAAUCCACUAAUGAGGUUGAAGCUUCUCCACUCCGAGAAGAGGCCUCAGCUCAGUCUGGAGUGUCCCCUGAGCAGUUGGAACCUUCUCCAAUCCAGCAGGAGGUCCCACAUCAGCAUCCAGCUGCCCCUGAAAAUGCUGAGCCUUCUCCAAUCCAGCAGGGAGUCUCCACUAUGCCUGAAGAUCUUCCUGAGGAAAUUGAACUUUCUCCAAGCCAGCAGGAGAGCUCAGCUGUGCCUCAAGUGCCUGUUGCAAGUAUAGAACCUUCUGCAAUCCAGCAAGAGGUCCCAGCUCAGCAACCAAAGCCCAAUGAGGGGGUCGAGUCUUUUCCAGUUCAGUAUGAGCAUCCAGCUCAGCCUCCAGGGUCCUCUACAGAUGUUGUAGCUCAGUCUCCAGGACAGCAUGAGGUGACAUUCUCACCUCCAGGUCCAGGUGAAGCUCAGCAUCCAGUGUCACCUAAUAUCACAGUUAAACUUGUGGAUCUGAGGGUUUUCAUAAGUCCCCAGGCAACUAAGGAGGUUAAACCUCUUCCAGUGCAGCAGGAUGUCCCUGCUCAAUCUCCCCCUGAGCAAGUUGAAUUUUCUCCAGCUCAGUCCAAGCGUCUUUCCCAGUCUCCAGAGUCCCCUGAAGAUGAGUCUUCUCCAGGCCAACAAGAGGUCCUAGCUCAGACUCCAGACCCUCCUAAGGAUGUGGAACCUGUUUCAGGCCAACAGGAGGCCCCAGCUCAGCCUUCAGAGCCUCCUGAGAAGGUGGCACCAUCUCCAGUCCAGCAGGAAACCCUAUCUCUACCUCUCGAGCCACUUAAGGAGAUAGAACUUUCUCUAACACAACAGGAGGUACAAGCUCAGCCUUCAGAGGCCCCUGAGAAGGUAGAGCCAUCUCCAAUUCUGCAGCAGGCUCCAACUCAACCUCCAGAGUCCUCUAAGGAGGCAGAAACUCCUCCAGCCCAGCAGGAGGCCCCAGUUCAGCCUCCAGAGCCACCUGAGGAGGUUGUAGCACAACCUCGAGUCCAUAAUGAGGUGACAGUUCCACCUCUAGGACAAGAGCAAGCUCAGCAUCCAAACUUGCCCCAUGUUACUGUUCAGCCUGCUGACCUGGAGCUUACUGUAACUCCACAACCUACUGUGGAGGCUGAGCAUUCUACAAUCAUGCAGCAGACUAUAGCUCCUCCAGAGGACCUUGAGGUGACAUUUCCACAUUCAGAGCACAUUCAGCAUCCAACCUUAACUAAAGUCACAGUUAAACCUUUGGACCCAGGGCUUACCAUAACUCCAGAAUCCACUACAGAGACUGAACCUUCUCUAACCAUGCAAGAGACCCCAACCCAGCCUCCAGAGCCACCUAAGGAGGUUGUUCAGUAUCCAUCCCAACAGGAAGUGACAGUUCCAACUCCAAGUAAGGAUCAAGGUCAGCGUCUAGCAUCACCCAUCAUCCCAUUUCGUCAUGUGGAGCUUACUAUAACUCCAGAACCUAUUACGGAGGCUGAACAUUCGACAACCCUGAAGAAGACUACAACUCCUCCCCCAAAGGACCUUGAGGUGACACUUGCACAUCCAGAACAGGUUCAGAGUCAACAUCGAAACCUGACUGAAGUCACAGUUCCACCUAUGGACCUAGAAAUUCCUGUAAGUCAGCAACCAGAGACAGGUUUUCCUCCAACAACUCAACAUUCUGUGGUGCAUUUUGUAAACUAUACCUCCGAAAAGGCAUACACGACUUUAACUUGGCAACCAGAACAGAAUGCCACCACAAACCUCAAACUAUGUGAGCGUUGUACCUGCAAAGAUGAGACACUGUCGUGUGUUGGUCUCAGCCUACAGCAGAGGCUCCGCAGAGUGCCCGUGCCGGAGCCCGACACCUACAACGGCACCUUCACCAUCUUAAAUUUCCAAGGAAACUCUAUUUCUUACAUUGAUGAAAAUGUAUGGAAGGGAUACCGUUGGGCUGAGAAACUAAUUCUCAGUGAAAAUUAUCUGACCGAAUUACGUAAAGACACAUUUGAAGGCCUGCUAUCCCUCCAGUAUUUAGAUUUAUCCUGCAAUAAAAUACAAUAUAUUGAAAGACGUACAUUUGAAUCACUACCUUUUUUGCAGUAUAUAAAUCUUGGUUGCAAUUUACUCACCGAACUGAGCUUUGGAACAUUUCAGGCCUGGCAUGGAAUGCAGUUUUUACACAAGCUAAUUAUCAGUCGUAACCCUCUGUCAGCUGUUGAAGAUUCCUAUCUUUUUAAGUUGCCAGCAUUAAAAUAUUUAGACAUGGGAUCAACACAGGUGUCACUUACAACAGUUGAGAGCAUCCUCAUGAUGACCCUUGAAUUGGAAACACUGAUAUUACCUAGCCGUAUGGCCUGCUGUCUCUGCCAAUUUAAAAAUACUAUUGAGGUUGUCUGUAAGACAGUCAAGCUACAUUGUGACAGUGCAUGUCUGACAAAUGGCACACGUUGUGAUCAGGAAGUAUACCUAAGGAAUGCAGAAGGAUCAUUCAUGAAGGUAUUGAAAGCUCGAAAGAAGAGCGCCAGCACGGAGCUGACUAUUGAGCCAGAGAAGGCAUCCUCAGACAUAGAUCGUCUCCGUUUGUCAGCCUUUAUGAAUGAGCGGCUAGACUUCAAUAACGAAAGUGAUGUCAUUAGUGCACUGAAUUACAUAUCGCCUUAUUUCUCGGAGGGCAAUCUAGAAGACGUAGAAUCGACGCUGUUACCGUUCAUUAAAUUUCUGUUUUCAAAUGUGCAAGAGGGAGACAAGCCCGUGGGUCACUCGAUGAACGACACAGGGGACCCUUCUCUUAAACCUGGAUCCAAGAAUUCAACUUACAAGAAUAAACUGAGAAAACUCUACUUUCUGGAAAAUUUGUUAGAUGCAGAAAUUCAGGAAAAAAUUGAUGAGGUGAAAAAGAAAGAAAAAACGGCCAUGCUUAUACAUUCCAGCCUUUUAGGUCCCAAGUUUAAACGUCAAAUCUUUCCAAAGAAAUUGGAAACUGCCCAACCGCAGGAGAAGAGCCUAGACGAAGUUGAGAGUGUGGGGAAAAAGUUCCUGAGAGUGAACAAGGUCAUCAAGGGCCCAAAGGGCAUACGGAAAAGGCACUUAAAAGAACUGAGACGUCAGAACAUCCAGAGGACACAGAACGCCCAGCCGUCUGUGGAGAACAUGGCCAAGGAAAGAAGGCUCAGGAGACCAUCCCCAGGGGAGCUUCACGUGGCGCACAGGCCCAGCAAAUUAGUGGGAAGCUCCUUCGAGACAGAGCCUUCGUUCGUAGAUGAGCACAAGGCAGCGGUCUCUUCUUUCAUGAAGCAAUACGUUUUGGACAGGCCUUCUGCCACCCCCGCUCCAAAAUCCCCACCUGACGUGAAAAAAAAAUCAAAAGACUUAACAUACAGCAUUUUUCUUAUAGAAGAUGCAAAUGCUAGAGUUAGAAAUAUGAAGGCUUUCGGACCAGCCUCACACCCCAGAAAAACACACCGCUUCCAUAAAAGUCCCUCCCCUGUGGUCCACAGAACACCCAAGGCCAAACUGAAUCGAAAGUCCAGAAAGGAAAGUUCACUCAGUAAUAGACAGCUGCUUGCAAAGAGGCCUCCAUCCUCUGCAGUCAGGAGCCUCGUAAAUUCCCCUUCACGAGAGGAUUUUUCAUCUCCGGGAGAACUGAGUCCUCAGAAAAAUCCUUUUCCAGAAUUAUUUGCUCCUUCAGGAACUUACAGAGAAAACACUACUGCAGAGAACACUACUGCCCAAAAUGUUUCUGACGAAAAUAUUUCUACAGGAAACACUACUGUGCCAGAACAAACCCUCCCUGAAUUCACAAACCGUAAGAAUCUUUCCACUGCUAAUUCUACUGUUACUGCAGACAACUCUACGCCGACCGUUAAACAAACCAAUGAUACACAAUGGGAAUACCACAAUGCGGGCACUGGCUUGCCCCCAAAAGCCACAGGCUUCACUGUGUCAAAGCUCUCGUCCUCAGGUGAUCUGUUUGAAAUUCAGUUAAACCAGCAGCUACAGUCCCUCAUCCCCAACAAUGACGCGAGAAGCCUCAUUUCUCAUGUUAUCCGGACUUUGAAAAUGGACUGCUCUGAGACCCACGUGCAGCUGGCCUGUGCCAAGCUCAUCUCCAGAACAGGCCUCCUGAUGAAGCUUCUCAGCGAGCAGCGAGAAGUAAAGGUGUCCAAGGCAGAGUGGGAUACGGACCAAUGGGAAAAUGCGAAUUAUAUCAAUGAGAGCACAGAAGUCCAGAGUGAACAGAGAGGGCAGGAGUCAAGGGAGCUCACAAAUGAAGUUCCAGGCUAUGGCUAUAGCAACAAACUAAUCUUGGUACUAUCUGUGACUGUAGUAGUGACGGUUUUGAUCCUAGUUUUCUGUCUCAUUGAGAUUCAUUCUCAUAGAGCAGCAGCUAAGGAAGGUAAAGAAGGAAGCUCAAGGGGCUUCUUUGGAUCUCUGCCGCGUAAGAGAUGCUCAAAGGAAAGUGACAAUCAGGAGGGCUUUUUCUGGAGAAGGCGGCCACUUUGGCUUAGGGACAUGUACAGACCUCUCAAUGCCACACGCAAGAAAAACAUGGCACAGAAGCUAUAUGACGAUUCUUCAGACGAAGAUGAGAUUUUCCACAUGGAACUAGGGGAGGCUGGCAAAGCCACAGUAGAGAAGGCCACAGAUUCCACUACUGAAGAGCUGGGGGACGAGAGGCUGUGCCUGGCUUUUGUGGAGAGCAACUUCAACCUGUCAAAGGUAAAUGAAAAUGCAGACGGCAGCUUCGACUAUGGCAUCUUCCAGAUCAACAGCCACUACUGGUGCAAUGAUUACAAGAGUCACUCGGAAAACAUUUGCCACGAGGACUGCAAAGGUCUGGCCGGGGUCUCAGGGUGGGAGAGAACUGCUGAGCCCCGAUCUUCUCUCAACCAUCAACUGUGUGAAAAAGAUGGUGUCUGGAGCAGGGGGAAUGAAGAACUGCAUUCUCUGUUCGCAGUAUUCUCCCAGUUUGGCCUUCUGUAUUCGGUCCGAGUCUUCCCGAACGCUGCAGUGGCCCGUCCUGGUUUCUACGCCAUCAUCAAGUUUUACUCAGCAAGGGAUGCUCACAGAGCCCGAAAGGCAUGCGACCAGAAGCAGCUUUUUCAGAAUUCUCCAGUGAAGGUUCGUCUUGGCACCAAACAUAAGGCGGUUCAACAUCAGGCCCUUGCCCUAAAUAGCUCCCAGUGCCAAGAACUGGCAAAUUAUUACUUUGGUUUCAAUGGAUGGUCAAAAAGGAUCAUCAAGCUUCAGGAUCUUUCUGACCUUGAAGAAAGGGCAAAUGAAGAUACUGUGCCACCACUUCAGAAGCAGAGCCUGAAAUUCUUCUGUGCUUUAGAGGUGGUGUUGCCAUCCUAUGAGUGCCGGAGUCCCGGAGCUGGCAUGGCCGAGGAGCCUUUGGAUACCCUGGAGGAAGGGCCAUUAUCAUUUCUUAUGAAAAGGCGGACAAUCCAGAAGCUUGCUAUUCAGAAGGCUGUGUCAGAUGCAUUCCAGAAACUGCUGAUUGUGAUUUUAGCCCAGAUGUUGACCCCGCCUAAGGAGUUGAUGGAGACUUUGGUUCCAUUCCUGGACACGGAUUCCGUCGGAGAACUACCCCCAGGGCCAGAUGAGGAUCUGAAUGACCAGCUAACCCAGCAUCAAAGGCUCCCAGAGGUGGUUCCAAUGCCAGGUUGGGAUUAUUUAAUGUUUCCCAAGGUUACAGGUAAGCCUUUAGAUGUGGAACUUACCACAACUCCAGGGCCUGAUAAAGGUGUUGAGUCUUCUAUAGCCCAGCAAGAGGCCCCACCUCAGCCUCUUGAACAUACUGAGGAAGCAGAACUGUCUCUAACCCAGCAAGAGACCUCGGGUAAGCCUCCAGAGGAGGUUGAGCCUUCAAGUGAGCAGGAGACCCCAGGUCAGCCUUCCGAGCCUCCUGGGGUGAUUGAUCCUUCUCUAAGGCAGCAGGAGACCCCAGCUCAGCCUUCAGUGCCUCCUGAGGAAGCUAAGCCUUCUCUAAGCAAACAGGAACCCCCAGCUCAGCUUCCAGAGGCCCAGGAAGAGGGUGAACCUUCCCCUCUCCAGGAGGAGGGCCAGGGUCAGCACCCACAGGCCUCUGAGGGGAGUGAACCACCUACAACCCAGGAGGAGUCCCCAGCUCAGCAUCCACAGACCCCUGAGGAGGUUGAACCUUCUUCAACCCAGCAGGAGGCUCCAGCUCAGUAUCCUCAGGCAUCAGAGGAGGGUGAGCCUUUUCCAACCCAACCAGAGACCCCAACUCAGUAUCCAGAGCCCCUUGAGGGGACUGAACCUUCUCCAGCCCAGUCAGAGGCCACAACGCAGCAUCCAAAUCCCCUUGGGGAAGUGAAACCUGCAACCUAUCAGGAGGCCCCAAGUCAGCAUCCACAGACCUCUGAGGAAAUUCACCGUUCUGCCACUCAACAGGAAGCCACAGCUCAACAUCCAGAGCCUUCUGGUGAACCUUCUCCAACCCAACAGGAGGCCCCAGCUCACUCUCCAGAACAUCAGGUGGUAACAGUUUUUCCUCAAGGUCAGAAUCAAGCUCAGCUCCUGCUGUUGCCGAAUGUCACUGUUAAACCUGUGGAUCCUUCAGUUACCAUGACCUCAGAAUCCACUAAUGAGGUUGAAGCUUCUCCACUCCGAGAAGAGGCCUCAGCUCAGUCUGGAGUGUCCCCUGAGCAGUUGGAACCUUCUCCAAUCCAGCAGGAGGUCCCACAUCAGCAUCCAGCUGCCCCUGAAAAUGCUGAGCCUUCUCCAAUCCAGCAGGGAGUCUCCACUAUGCCUGAAGAUCUUCCUGAGGAAAUUGAACUUUCUCCAAGCCAGCAGGAGAGCUCAGCUGUGCCUCAAGUGCCUGUUGCAAGUAUAGAACCUUCUGCAAUCCAGCAAGAGGUCCCAGCUCAGCAACCAAAGCCCAAUGAGGGGGUCGAGUCUUUUCCAGUUCAGUAUGAGCAUCCAGCUCAGCCUCCAGGGUCCUCUACAGAUGUUGUAGCUCAGUCUCCAGGACAGCAUGAGGUGACAUUCUCACCUCCAGGUCCAGGUGAAGCUCAGCAUCCAGUGUCACCUAAUAUCACAGUUAAACUUGUGGAUCUGAGGGUUUUCAUAAGUCCCCAGGCAACUAAGGAGGUUAAACCUCUUCCAGUGCAGCAGGAUGUCCCUGCUCAAUCUCCCCCUGAGCAAGUUGAAUUUUCUCCAGCUCAGUCCAAGCGUCUUUCCCAGUCUCCAGAGUCCCCUGAAGAUGAGUCUUCUCCAGGCCAACAAGAGGUCCUAGCUCAGACUCCAGACCCUCCUAAGGAUGUGGAACCUGUUUCAGGCCAACAGGAGGCCCCAGCUCAGCCUUCAGAGCCUCCUGAGAAGGUGGCACCAUCUCCAGUCCAGCAGGAAACCCUAUCUCUACCUCUCGAGCCACUUAAGGAGAUAGAACUUUCUCUAACACAACAGGAGGUACAAGCUCAGCCUUCAGAGGCCCCUGAGAAGGUAGAGCCAUCUCCAAUUCUGCAGCAGGCUCCAACUCAACCUCCAGAGUCCUCUAAGGAGGCAGAAACUCCUCCAGCCCAGCAGGAGGCCCCAGUUCAGCCUCCAGAGCCACCUGAGGAGGUUGUAGCACAACCUCGAGUCCAUAAUGAGGUGAAAGUUCCACCUCUAGGACAAGAGCAAGCUCAGCAUCCAAACUUGCCCCAUGUUACUGUUCAGCCUGCUGACCUGGAGCUUACUGUAACUCCACAACCUACUGUGGAGGCUGAGCAUUCUACAAUCAUGCAGCAGACUAUAGCUCCUCCAGAGGACCUUGAGGUGACAUUUCCACAUUCAGAGCACAUUCAGCAUCCAACCUUAACUAAAGUCACAGUUAAACCUUUGGACCCAGGGCUUACCAUAACUCCAGAAUCCACUACAGAGACUGAACCUUCUCUAACCAUGCAAGAGACCCCAACCCAGCCUCCAGAGCCACCUAAGGAGGUUGUUCAGUAUCCAUCCCAACAGGAAGUGACAGUUCCAACUCCAAGUAAGGAUCAAGGUCAGCGUCUAGCAUCACCCAUCAUCCCAUUUCGUCAUGUGGAGCUUACUAUAACUCCAGAACCUAUUACGGAGGCUGAACAUUCGACAACCCUGAAGAAGACUACAACUCCUCCCCCAAAGGACCUUGAGGUGACACUUGCACAUCCAGAACAGGUUCAGAGUCAACAUCGAAACCUGACUGAAGUCACAGUUCCACCUAUGGACCUAGAAAUUCCUGUAAGUCAGCAACCAGAGACAGGUUUUCCUCCAACAACUCAACAUUCUGUGGUGCAUUUUGUAAACUAUACCUCCGAAAAGGCAUACACGACUUUAACUUGGCAACCAGAACAGAAUGCCACCACAAACCUCAAACUAUGUGAGCGUUGUACCUGCAAAGAUGAGACACUGUCGUGUGUUGGUCUCAGCCUACAGCAGAGGCUCUGCAGAGUGCCCGUGCCGGAGCCCGACACCUACAACGGCACCUUCACCAUCUUAAAUUUCCAAGGAAACUCUAUUUCUUACAUUGAUGAAAAUGUAUGGAAGGGAUACCGUUGGGCUGAGAAACUAAUUCUCAGUGAAAAUUAUCUGACCGAAUUACGUAAAGACACAUUUGAAGGCCUGCUAUCCCUCCAGUAUUUGGGCUUCUUUGGAUCUCUGCCGCGUAAGAGACGCUCAAAGGAAAGUGACAAUCAGGAGGGCUUUUUGUGGAGAAGGCGGCCACUUUGGCUUAGGGACAUGUACAGACCUCUCAGUGUCACACGCAAGAAACACAUGCAACAGACGCUACACGACAAGGAUUCUUCUGAUGAAGAUGAGAUUUUCCAUAUGGAACUAGGGGAGGCUGGCAAAGCCACAGUAGAGAAGGCCACAGAUUCCACUACUGAAGAGCUGGGGGACGAGAGUGAGACACUAUGUGAGGUUGUCACAGUGUGAACACCGUCCUGCCUCAGGCCACCUACAAAGUUUACUUUCCGAUACUGGCUUCUCAGCAUUGCUUAUAAAAUACUUGUUUUUCUCCUA